CUGCUGCCCAAUGUGCUGCUUGCUCCUGCUCGGAUUUGUUGGUUGCCAACGGAGCGCUGCCGUUGCUCUGAUGGCACUGGCGGUUACAACUAAAGGAGCAAUGUUUAGUGGAUUCCUUGCAAAUCAUAUAGAUCUGGCACCAAAUUAUGCAGGAACCAUGAUGGCUGUAACAAACACAUUAGCCACUAUCCCAGGAAUAUUAGUGCCAAUAGUUGUUGGACAAUUAACACAUGGAAAUCAAACAGUAGCAGCUUGGAGUUUAGUUUUCCGAGUAGCUGCUGGCUUGUAUGUAAUUGAAAUUGCCCUGUAUUCCCUCUGGGGUUCCGGUGAGCAACAAUUAUGGGCGACGGGCGAGGGCGCCGAGGCGGUGCCUCUGCGUACUCAGGAACCUGAAUCAAGAUACGAUGGUGAAACUCAACCUGUGGAGCAGUCGUCUCAAUCGCCGGAAAAGGAAUAAAUUGGUUGUAUCUAAUUUUAAUUUAAUUUGAGACAGUAGGGUAGAGCGGGUCUAAAAGGUCCACGGAUAAAAUAUAUAUGAAAU